CACAGACCCUGGAUUCUCAUGGUCUAUGGAAUGUGGGCCUGCUGGUGUGUGCUGGGGACCCCAGGUGUGGCCGUGGUUUUUCUCCACACCAUCAUCUCCUUCUGCGUGGCCCAGUUCCGGUCGCUGUUCCUGUCAUGGCUCUGUUCUCUCCUCCUGCUCUCCACACUGAGGCUACAAGGUGUGGAGGAAGUUAAGAGGAGGUGGUACAAGACAGAAAGCGAGUACUACUUGCUGCAGUUCACGCUGACCGUCCGCUGCCUGUGCUACACCAGCUUCAGCCUCGAGUUCUGCUGGCAGCAGCUGCCCGCCGCCCGUGGCCCCUACGCCUUCCCCUGGAUGCUGGCCUAUGUCUUUUAUUACCCGGUCUUCCACAACGGGCCCAUCCUCAGCUUCCCGGAGUUCAUCACACAGAUGCAGCAGCAGGACGACUUGUCGUUGGAGCCCCGCCUCUGCGUGCUGGCCCGGGGCGUGGGCCGCCUGCUGUGCUGGUGGGGGCUGGCCGAGCUGAUGGUUCACCUUUUGUACAUGCACGCCAUCUACAGCAGCAUCCCCCUGCUGGAGGCCGUCUCUUGCUGGACCUUAG